GUUGGUUCGGUUCUUGUCGCGUCGACCGCCAGGUACAUCUAACUGUAACAUGUGAAGACGUUACGUUACUUAGUUUAAAUGAAGCUUAGGUUUGGUUUUACUCUUUAGCCGCCGCUGUGGGCUAAUUGUUGCUAAGAUGCCUUAAAGAAAAGUGACCGUACUUCAGUAGCAGUUAAUGGCACAGCAGUUUGGGAUGGUGAUACUGUCACAGUCAAAUACGCCCAGUCUGGAGCAACCAUGCAGGAUCAGAGUGGAGAGACGAAAGAAAGGUUAAAAGAACCAGUCACAAAAGAAGACAGUCAAAGUCCCAACAUGGAUGAGGAACCCCUGUCAGCUGGUCUGCAGGACAGGAGGAAGGAUGCAGCUCCAGAGAUGACAGAGGUGGAGUCAGCAGUGGAGGGAGAAGGUCCCAAAAUGAAUGAUGGGGAAAAGGUUAUCAACCAUAACAUUAUGUAUAGGAAUCAAAAUGAAAAAGAUCAAAGCACUUCUACAGGCAAUCAUGUCAGUGAACAGCGAGCACACUCGGCUUUGCUAAAAUGCCUGACGGUGGAGGGAAGCAUGCAAGAAACCAGCUGUCCUGAACAGAAUCAAAGCCAGACUACAAACUUAGAAAUGCCUGUCAUUUCUGCUAAGAAAACACUCCAAGCGUCCAACACUGACAAGUCCAAGACUCCAGAAGAACCUGCAUCUGCAGUGACUGAGUGCUGGGAUGAAAAUAUAGUUACCACUAGAGACUUGCCUGCUGAUGGGGCUGGUAAUUCUGACUUUGCACCUAACCCCCUUCACUCAGUCUCCCAAACAUAUCUUAAACCUGAUGAACUACGUGGUGCACAAACUGGCUGGCACUUUCCUGUGGGACCUGGUCUAUCACAGGAAGUUUUCUCCCCACCAUGGAGCUUUCCUGCGGCAAGUUAUUACACCACUGUAGAGCCCUUUGAAGUGAUGUGGAGAGUGUGGGAGGAGUUGGACGCCGCUUCUGAGAGUGUUUUGACCCCGUUCACAAUCAAAAGGGCCUCAAUGGACUUCACGGUCAUGUCCUACAACAUCCUUGCCCAAGACCUUUUGGAGUUGAACCAGCAUCUGUAUGCACACUGCCCCCUGGAGGUGCUGCAGUGGAACUACCGCUGCAGCCUGCUUUUAAGUGAAAUAGAAAAGUGGGCACCAGAUAUUUUGUGUCUGCAAGAGGUUCAGGAGAACCACUACCAUGAAGACCUGCAUCCUGCCCUUUCUCAGAUGGGCUACACCUGUGUGUACCAGCGGCGUACAGGGAAAAAGACAGAUGGCUGUGCCAUUUGCUAUCAGAGCACAUGCUUCACUGAAGCCGCCGUCUCCAAGCUGGAGUUUUUUAGGCCUGAGACCAAGCUGUUGGACCGACACAAUGUGGGCAUCGUUUUGCUGCUUCGGCCGCUGGUCGCCACAGGAGCCGAGCUCAAGGAGGCUGGCCCGCCCCUCUGCGUGGCCAACACACACCUGCUCUUCAACCCCAGGCGAGGUGAUGUGAAGCUGGCCCAGUUAGCAAUAAUGCUGGCAGAAAUUGAUGCCAUGAUAAAGUCCUGUAAGGCCAGAGGUGAACACUGUAAUGUUGUCUUCUGUGGAGACUUUAACGCCAUCCCCUACAUGCCUCUGUACCAGCUGGUCACCACCGGUGAGCUAUACUACCAGGGUAUUCCAACAUGGAUGGUUUCAGGCCAAGAGGACCUUUCAUACAAGCCCAGUUAUCACAGGCUGUUUGCUCCUCUGUGGCCCAGCUCUCUGGGAAUCUCGGACAUCUGCCAGUACACCACUGAGAAUAUGUUUAAAACUGAUAGUCAGAAUUCAGGGACUCGCAAGUACACGCAUGAAUUCAUGCAGCAGCUACGCUUUUGUCCAGUCGCAUGCGUCCGUCCCCAGGAUCUGAUUCUGAUUCCAGGAGUGACUGACAACAGGCCAGAUACCUCAGAGGACGUUCAACACUAUUACAGGUUCAGAGACUGUCUCAGACAUCAAGUGGACCUGGGGUCCGUCUAUAAACACGUCCUUCAUGGUUCUGGCAGGCCAGAGGUCACGACCCUGCACUCUGAGGGCGGAGCUACUGUUGACUACAUCUUCUACUCUCCGAAACGUGCCUUUACCAAAGAUCAAAGAGCUUACAAAGAGUCAGCAGAAAAGGGUCUGAAGCUUCUUGGUUCUCUCUCUCUCCUGUCUGAGGACCUCUUGUGGUCAAUGAACGGACUUCCCAACCACAAAUUCCCUUCGGAUCAUCUCAGUCUGGUGGCCCAAUUCCAGCUGGAACUUGAUAAUGCAUGAAACGGUAUAAGUUUUUAUGUUGAGUUUUAAAAAUUUACUCUGUUUUUGGGCGUAGAAAUAUUGAUCCAACAUGUUUAACACAGGUUUGUAGUUAUUUGUAUUUUAUUAUUUUUUUGUAUAGAAGUAUUUUGCAGUAAAUGGGAGUGGAGGUAAAAGUUUGAAUAAAUAAUUUUCAUGUA